AAAAACGACUCACUGUUCGCAAACUAUGGACGAGGAGAUGACAAAAACCGAAGAGCAGCACGUCGGUUUGCAGAAAGCCUUGCAGCAGUGCGAGCUGGUGCAGAACAUGAUAGACAUAAGCAUCUCUAGCUUGGAGGGUUUACGGACCAAAUGUGCCACAUCCAACGACUUGACACAAAAAGAGAUGAGGACGCUGGAGGGGAAGCUGGUGAAGUACUUCAGCCGCCAGCUGUCCUGUAAGUGCAAAGUGGCCUUAGAAGAGCGCAGUGCUGAGCUGGAAGACUUCCCCCGCCUUGGUCUCUGGUUUCGCAUCGUCAAUUUAAGGAAAGAGGUCACCCAGGAAAUGAGCCCAGGCGAGGUGACCUUGGAGGGCCUGUUGGAGAUGAGCGAGAAGCAGGUGUGUGAGGUGUUGCAGAAGUUUGGUGCCAACGAGGAGGAGUGUGCCCGACUCAACGCCUCUCUCUCCUGCCUCAGGAAGGCCCACGAGCUUGAACAACUUGAGGAGGAUAAAUUGCACAGCAAUGCAGGGAGCCAAGCCAAGCAGGACUGGUCCAUCCAGUGGCCCACUUCUGAGUCUGGCAAGGAAAACACACCCGUGUGCCAACCAGAACCAAGCCAGUGGAUCCGCAUCCAGCUCUCCCAAAGCCCCAAGGUCCAGACCAAGUACAACCAGCACAUGUGCCACAGCCCCCAGGCCCUGGGCCCCUCCAUGUAUUCCGACAGGCUCACUGUCGACAGUCCCGCGACAGGGCUGUUCCCUUCCCUGGACUCGGGCCACCGCUCCCUGCCCCCCUCGCCCCGUCAGAGACAUUUUGGCCACACGCCUCCUCGGACUCCCCUGGUAGUCAACACCAUGACCCCGCCCAGCACGCCCCCCAUGCGCAGGCGGAACAAGGUGAAGGCGCCGGGGACGCCGCCCCCACCCAGCCGCAAGCUCAUCCACCUGCUGCCGGGCUUCACGGCGCUGCACCGCAGCAAGUCCCAUGAGUUUCAGCUGGGAAACCGCCUGGAAGACACGCAGACACACAAAGCCAAGAAGAAGACCAAGCCCUUGAACCUUAAGAUCCACAGCAGUGUGGGCAGCUGUGAGAAUCUGCCAACGCAGCGCUCGCCCCUUCACAAUGAUCGCUCCCUGCGCUCCUUCUUCUUCCCCUCCUUUAUCCCAUCCACACCCCCCGUCCAUGUCGAAACACCCUCUGCAAACACUCUCUCAGUGCCUCGAUGGUCCCCACAGAUUCCCCGAAGAGACCUGGGAAACUCAAUAAAACACAGGUUUUCCACCAAGUACUGGAUGUCCCAGACAUGCAUCGUGUGUGGAAAGGGAAUGUUGUUUGGACUCAAAUGUAAAAACUGCAAGCUGAAGUGCCACAACAAAUGCACCAAAGAAGCCCCGCCUUGCCACUUACUGAUCAUCCAGCGAGGAGGUCGAGACUCACUCAAAGAUCACCAAGGAACUACUCAAGCUCGUCUGGUACGGACUGAAUCAGUGCCAUGUGACAUCAACAACCCACUCAGGUACACAGACCUGCAUAUCAGCCAGACGCUCCCCAAAACCAACAAAAUCAACAAGGAUCACAUCCCAGUUCCCUACCAGCCGGACUCCAGCAGCAACCCGUCCUCCACCACCUCCUCCACUCCUUCAUCGCCGGCCCCGCCCUUGCCCAGCAGUGCCACACCACCCUCACCUCUGCACCCUUCCCCGCAGUCAUCACGACAACAGAAACAGUUCAACCUGACAGCCUCCAGUUACUUCAAAUACAAACAACAGUUCAUCUUUCCAGAUGUGGCCCCUGAGGCUCCUCCGAGCAGAGCCCCACAGGUCAUCUUGCACCCAGUCCUGUCCGAGCCCGGAAACGAAGGUAACCCUUUACUACAAAUUGAAGUCGAGCCAACAUCAGAUAAUGAGGAGGGAAACGAUGAAGACUCAGGCGACGAGUUCGAGGAGAUGAACCUCUCCCUCCUGUCCACCCGCAACUUCCCCCGUAAGGCCAGCCAGACCAGCAUCUUCCUGCAGGAGUGGGACAUCCCCUUUGAGCAGCUGGAGAUUGGUGAGAUGAUCGGGAAGGGACGUUUUGGACAGGUUUUCCAUGGACGCUGGCAUGGCGAGGUGGCAAUCCGCUUGAUUGAUAUAGAGCGUGACAAUGAGGACCAGCUCAAGGCAUUCAAGCGGGAAGUGAUGGCCUACCGUAACACACGUCAUGAGAAUGUGGUGCUGUUCAUGGGGGCCUGCAUGAGCCCACCACAUCUGGCAAUCAUCACCAGCUUGUGUAAAGGUAGGACGCUGUAUUCUGUGGUGCGAGAUGCCAAGGUGGUUCUGGAUGUCAACAAGACCCGACAGAUAGCACAGGAGAUGGUCAAGGGGAUGGGCUACCUUCACGCUAAGGGGAUUUUACACAAAGACAUGAAAUCCAAGAAUGUGUUUUAUGACAAUGGAAAAGUAGUCAUUACUGAUUUUGGACUCUUCACCAUUUCUGGAGUUCUGCAAGCUGGCAGCAGGAGAGAGGACAAACUCAGAAUUCCCAGUGGUUGGCUGUGUCACCUGGCACCGGAAAUCAUCUGCCACCUUUCUCCGGAAACAGAGGAGGACAAACUUCCUUUCUCCAAACAGUCAGAUGUCUUUGCUUUCGGCACCAUAUGGUAUGAGUUGCAUGCACGUGAGUGGCCUUACAAGAGUCAGCCGGCAGAGGUGAUCAUCUGGCAGGUCGGAAGCGAGACGAAGCCCAACCUCACCCAGAUCAACAUGGGCAAGGAGAUAUCGGACAUUCUGCUUCUCUGCUGGGCUUACAAGCAGGAAGAGAGGCCCAGCUUCUCCAAGCUGGUCGAGUUACUGGAAAAGUUGCCAAAACGGAACCGUCGCCUCUCCCACCCGGGACACUUCUGGAAGUCAGCUGAGUAUGUCAAAUGA